AUGGAUGAGCCCACUGUCUCCGAAAUCAGCCAACCCAGCGCGUCCGGCUCCUCUCUCACCUCCAGUAUAUCCGAAGCCUUGGAUGCGCCACAACAUGCCGAGAAAUCCAAGAAAAGAUUCCCGGUUGAUGUAGGUCAUUGUUUCGGCAAUUGCAGAUUUGAAUGUUUAGAGAGUCGCCCUCUACACGACUGUAACUCUACUCCUCUCCGCGAUGAUAAACAUUAUGGUAGCUUUGAUGAACGGGAACACUGCCGGGUUUUGGGGCGCGCUGCUGAUUACGCUGGCCUACAUCCUGAUUCUCGUUGGGAUAAAGGUGAAGAAGGCCAGUUAUUUCUCCUUCUACAUGAUGGUUCAGGUAAGGGUUUCGUGCGACUUAAAAACUUCAAACAUAUAUUGAUGGUAAAUCAUAUUACAAUUCUAUUGAAAUGACUGGGCUGCUUUCCAACUUUUCUCGAAGUGAUUAGCAUAAUAUUGCGAAUAUGAAUAUUGUUUUUUUCGACACACCUGUUUAUUAUAUUAUUUAACUAAAUAGAGAAGAUUAUUUUUAUGAAAAAAUUCGCAAAGCGCUAAUUUUCACUAACAAAAAACGCGGCAAUAUAAACGCCGGACAGUUAUGCAUCAGCGCAAUAAUAUAAGCAGUCUGUCUGAUAAAUUAUAAGCACUUUGCCGCAUCGGAAAUCGUAUUGCCGCCGAGAAAAUGAAUUGUGCUGCGGCAAAAAUCAAAUUUCUUUUCACUUCAGCGCCGCGAUCGCCACAGCGACAUUGUGCUCAUUAUUCUCCUGAUGGACUGAUAUGUCAUCCAAUUCAGCGCGAAAAACAUUUUUUUUUGAAAGAAUUUAUAGAAAACCACUCAAUGAUAUAAAGAAGCUGAAAAUUUUUCAUCAUUAAACAGUGAAUAUCAGAAAAAAUACUUUUUGGCUUGAAUACUUUUAUGUCCUUGCAAGAAUUCGCCGCGAGACAAUCCAGCGAUUUCCGAUGCAACAGUGUGCUCAUUAUUUUCCCGACAGACUGAUGUGUAGUUGCUUACCGCCAGUUUUCAGACAAUGGCCCUUCUGUUUUACAUUUUCGCUUCAUUCCGCUUGAUCCGCCAAGCGUCGGUGGCGGGUUGGGCCAGCUUGUUGACCGGAUUCGGCGUGGUGUUGAUCAUCCCACUGAUCUUGGCCUACAUUUACUUGCUCAUAAGGAAAACACAUCGCAUUCAUCAGAAAAAACGGAAGAUCCGCCAGGCCGAAAUGACGUUGGACCAGUUCGACGGAAUAACGCCCAGAAAUUUUUAG